AUGCUCAAAAGACUCCUGCAGAAGCUACGUGGCUGCAUCAGGUAUGAGCCUUUCAAUGAGUACGAGAACAAAGUCAGAAUCGGCGAAUACAAGUCUGGGAGGUUUGCGCUAAGCUUCGAUCGACUAGGUGGCAGCAACAAGCAUCCACCGUGCUCGGACUUGCCACGAACACCAUUGGGCGCUGUGCUGACCAUUGGGUUUGUUGCUCUCAUUCUGACCCUCGUCAUCAGGGGCAUUGUUACGGCUGCAAGCAACGAGACAGAGGCAAAGCGAAAGCAUUGGCUGGACUCAGCGAUGCUGCUUGGGAUCACGCUGGGAGGGGACCCACCUCUGAGCGUCUCCGUUGCCGCACCGGCUAUUCAAGCAGCGAUCCAAGCCUCGCGCGUAGCCGAGAUCAGCGUCCUCGAGGCCGUGAAGGGAGGCCUUGUCCGACCCGAAGCAAAGCGGACUCCGGAGCAGAUCUCUGCCAUGAAGGUCAGGGUCGUGAUGGUCGCGGAUCUGGGUCUGGCCCCUUUUGCCAACUUCAUGCUCUUCGUGAACUUCCAGUCCAGGUGCCCGGGCCCCCGUCGUUUGACGCUUGGCUGGCCGCAGAAAAUAAUCGAAAACACGCUGCUGAUGCUGAGCAUGGAGUUAAGGAACGCAGGCCAAGCGGAAGGCCGCAAACGGGAGAAAAUUGCGGACAAGCUGCGUGGCGCUAGCCGAGCUCCACUUGGAGCUGGGGCGAGCUUGUACCAUCGAGAACCGGGAGAGCUCCAUGAUAUGGGCACGGUCAUCCUGACCAAUGCGUUUUUUGGAGCUCCGUGCCGGCAGGCCACGGGGACGUUUCGAAGCAAGGAGUGCAUUGACAUUGUGCUCCCCGGCGGGCAGGACGCUGUCCAGGGGUCCGAGCGGCGGCCCCUGGAAAGUCGAGAGGUGGCUGUGCUCAUGUCAGUGAACAUUCAGCAUGCUUUUUUACAUGAAGGUGAACGAUUCAUGACUACCGAUCGUGCGUCAUCGUGUAGAGAUCGCCGCCAUCUUGGGCACCGCAGCUCCGUGCACAAAAUCCUGGUGGCCCUGGUCAUGGUGGGAGCAGGGGACCGCCUCAAGGUGCACAUGGAUAAGACCAAGACGAAGAAGCUCCUGCGCAAGGCCCAGCAAGAGAAUGCUGAAGCCCAACAAGAGAAUGCUGAUGGCAACGGUCGUGACACGUGGGACUCUACCUUGCCAUACCUUGAGAGCCGCCCUGGAAAUGAGUCUUCGCCCUGCUUCCGUGAACUCGGCGAGUUCCGCCUUCUACCUGGCUGGACCCGGGUUCGGGGCGCUCUGGUCCUGGCACAGAUCGCGCAGGGGCGCAAGGAUAAGGUCAAGAAUGACCGCAACGGAGGUGAAGAUGGUCUCACGGCCGCUACCAUUAACUUGGACUAUGUAGCCAUCAACCUCGAUUGCAUCAACGAGGACCUGAACUCCGUGGAUUUGGCCUCCUGCCGAUAUGAAGUUGAGGCCGAGGAGGGAGGUCUUGGACAGCCAUGGUAUUGGAUAUCGCAGAUGAUCGGGGAGGCAGCUAUACCUUCUCUGGAUGUUCCGGUCAUGGAGGUGCGCCUUACGAGUAUUGUGCAGUUCUUUGAGAAGACAAGAGAGACCAGCUUGGACAAGGUGAUUAUCACCGAUCUUCUGGGCUUGUCCGAGUCUUUGGUCUCCAGCAAUGAGGCGACGCCACCUACGCUGUCGGCGGUGGACAGCGUGCAAGCUCCAUUGGGCAGUUUUCACGAGAGCAGUGCCGUGCUGACAUCCAGCGUCCUCUCGAAGACGGUCAAGACUUUCAAUGACAUGCAGGGUUCUGCUGCCAGCCAUCUCUUUGACGACACCAUGAUGUACUGGUAUCUCAAACGCAACGUCUUUCAGAGCUUGGCAGAUUUCUUUGAGCACAAGGUGGCACUGUAUAUGCGAUUUGAUAGGGACCAACUGCGACAGCUAAAAAGCUGCCAACUCCAGGUGGGCCUGGUGAACGAAGCCAUGUUCAAUCUGGUCAAGGACGACAUCAAGGAGGAUCGACGGAUAUUUUCAACGUUUCCCUUUCUGAAGUCUAAUCCGUUCUGUUGGCAGCCAGACAACUGGAAUCCCAUCACGCAUCGGUUUUCUCCCGGCACGGAUGCAAGCGUGACCGCAAAUCUUGUCACAUUGCAGGAAACCAUGCGAUUAGACGAGCUGCUGGAGUUCAUCUUUGCUACAGGUUGGACACUACCCCAGGCCCCAUCUUCAGCAGACAUCAACUUGAGGCUGAGGACGAAGCUUGCUGGCGAGUGCGAUGCUUACGAGGAUUUCCAAGCGUCGUGUUCAGCGUGCAGCCACCUUCCUUGCCGAAAUGGUGGGAACUGCACAGACCUGCCCGGAUUCAAGUACCGGUGUAGCUGCGCGGAAGGUUUCUUUGGGGAGGAUUGCUCGGAGACGGAUGUUUUCGGGACGCAGCGGCGGCUCGACGUGACGGAGGAUUUCACUUGCAACUCUACACAGGCCGAGUCCGAGUACCCAGACGGAAAGUUCUGGUGCCAGUGUCGAAACGGCUCUGAAGUUUUGAUCAGGUCCAACUUGAUCUCUGUGAUUCAAAGCUGGGGCAUCUUCUUUAACUAUGUGACCAACUUCAACAACAGCUACUCCGAAAUAACGUGUGCAGAUGCAACCAUGACUGUGAAGACGACUUCGAGCCAGAAUGCCUUUGCCACCAGUCUGAGGACGGCAGCUGCUCCGAAUGCGUCACAAGACGAGCUGUACAUUCAGCAAAAGGACUGGGGAAGCGGGUUCGCGAGAGCCCCACCCUUCUACCUGAUGCUUUCGGGCCUCGCUGGUAUCGAGAGGGUUCUGAUCAGCGAAAUCCAGGUUCCCAGCUCGAAUUCCACCGAUCCCUUCGUGCUUCAAGCUUUCCGGGGCCUUGACAGCGGAUUCCGUCUAAAGUUUGACCUGGAGGAUCCAGGCGAUCCGCCUGCCACCCCGUCCAGCAAGUGGAUCUGCCACGCGAGGCUCUACAACGAUGGCAGGCAAUGCGACUGUCGAUGUGGGAUGCCGGACCCAGACUGUUUGUAUCCAAAUCUGCCGGUGACGAACUGCGGGCGUGGUGAGGUAUGCUCAAGGAUGGGACGCUGCACAACACCGGAGGCCUCUGCAGGUCUUUCAGAUGCUACACAGGUGUAUGUAUCUGAACCGUGCACCCAGCUGUUCCUUCCUGGCAGUACCGACCUGGCGGGCUUCAUGGGCACAGAGGAGGAGUAUCGGAACGUGAGUGGAGGUGGAUGUCCUACUUGUCCUUAUGAGCCCGGCGAUUUGUAUGGCGGUGCAGCGUCGUUGAGCGAGAACUGCGAUGACAACGGUCAGUGCUUCCAGGAGUUCAUGUGCCGAUACAAGGCUGAAGGCUUCAUCGAUGCUCGCCUGGUGAAGCAUUUCGACGAGUACCUCGAAGGAGCUGGAGAGGUGUUCGACUCUGCCAGACGGGGCUUUUACACUUUGGAGGGUGGUGCCACGAAUGCAAGCAACGCUUACCGACUGGUGGUUGUGAAGCUAGGAAGCAGGAGCCCUUUCCCCUAUGGCAAUGAUGUUGGCGCAUACAAGCUAGACAUCAACCAGGAUUGUGGCGGCACCGCAUGUGGGAACAAAGAGAUCAUAGAGGUAGUCCGAGCAGGAGCACCCGAUCGGAGCAACAGACAGGUCCUGAUGGUCAGAGCCUUGGCUCCAAGUGGGUUUCAGAAGCAACACUUCUCCAUUGGCAGUAUUAUCUCAGCUUUGUCGGAGAGCUCGACAGACGUCAUUGUGGAACUUAGCAAGGAAAAGUAUCACUUCCCGAUCAGUGGACCUUUCCAGGGACAGUUGGAUGCGAUUGGGAUUCAAUUUCAACAAUCCUCCGCGACACAGACCAAGAAGAUCCAGCGCCUCCUGCUGGAAACACCCCUUGAGCUGACAGCCGGCGUUCGCACAAGUAUAGUUCAGGAUGUGCCUCAAGGUAUGAAUCCAGACGCAAGCCUUCAUCCGAAAGCUGCCUUUGACGAUGCGGUGACGAUCGCCUCCCAUCCUUGGUAUGGGGCGACAGUCGUAUCGAAUCAGCUGGACAUGUACAGCUGGGAAUGGCCCACGGUCGACCUGUACGGUCUGGGAGCUAUCCAGUCGACAUCCUCGCUGGCCUUUGCCUUCAACACCUCAGAGUUUGUCGACGAAGACAGGGGCAAUGGGUGCUCGGAGGCUUAUAUGGAGAACACAUCGACAAUGAAAUGGGUUAAGGUUGAUGAUGCCUGGCAAGGGCUUUUUGGAUCUGAGGUUCUGCCUGCCAUGCUAUGUGACGGAAUUCAUGACGGGCAUGCACUGGCUACGGAUCAGGGUAUCACAGAGGCUUUGGCUUCAGCAACAGCCCAGAACAAGUCCCUCAUUCUUCUGAUUCGUGACAUAACAGGCACGCAAGUGACGAACUUCGAGAUCCGCGAGGUGGUGAAUGCAUGGAAGUACAGGGCCCCGGUGUGGUGGCCGGAUGACCCGGAGAACUGCUGGCUCACGAAUGACUCCAUGGUUGCCACGGAUUAUUGUUCCUGCAAAGACGACUGCCGGUGCAUGCCAGGGUGUUCGGAGGCAGAUUGCUCGACGGACAACGUUUCACAGAGAAGCUUCACAUGUGCCUACAGCGGUGUUGCCGCCAACAUGACUGAGAGGAUCCAAGUCAAAGGAUCGCUUCGCUGGCUACCUGAGGACUGGUCUUGUGGUGGUGAUGCCCUGGCAACAAGUUCCUAUUUUGCAGAUGGAACCUGUGACUGUGGAUGUGCGAGAUAUGAUCCAGAUUGCGCAGGGUUGUCAGGCAAUCCGCAGGCCUUUGCAGAGGAGAUUGAUGGUGGCAACGGAACUGUCCGAAACUACUGUGCCAACGAGGCAGCCUUGCUGGGAACCGACGGUUGGAACACCACAGUAACAUCGGCUGGGUGCCAGGGUUUCUUCUUCAUCCAAUUGCAUGCUUCCUCAACUGCACCCACGAGAUGGUCUCCGACUGUGUGUCGAAGGGAAGAAGAUGUGUCACUCAUGUUGCAGUUUGACGCAACUUGUGCCUUUGACGACGCUUCGGGGUUCAAAGCUGACGGAAGCAUCAUCUUGCGCGUACAAGACGUCAGUCUUGGCGAAAACUGCGCCAACUACACGGAUGAUGACGCGAGGUGUGCAUGGGGCAGUGUUUCAGAGGCCAAGUACCACUGCAGCCGCUUGGAACUUUGCAAGGCUGUCUACUGUGAUGCCAACGCGUGCUUUGCCGCCACCAGCACCAACAUGAGCUUCUGGACAGAGCCACCUCCAUCUGUGGAUGACAACUCAUCAACAGCAAGUGCCUGGUUCAAGUCGGAUCCUGCUUGCCAUUCAGCUCCUGCCUGGGUACUGGCUCAAAACAGCUCUCAGACGUGUACGGAGGCUUGCGAAGCUCGAGGUGACGUUUGCGACGAGAUUGCCUUGAAUCUGAUCGACACUCUGGAAGAGAUGAGUUUCUUAAACGAGAAGGCAAACCUGUCCUGUCUCGGCUACACGAGCCACUCAUUUGGCAAUGCGCCUGGUAUUUGCACGAACAGCUCCUGCUGCGGUGGUGAUUGUGCUGGCCAGUGCGUGUUUGGCCACACAGGUACGAAGAGAAGUUGUGGUUCCAGUGCUGGCGACCAUGAUGGUCUUCUCCGGCUUUGCCCUUGCAGUCCUUCCAACCAGGUCAGACAGACUGCUGUGAAUUCGACCACAGUGACGGCUCAUGUCCCUGAGCUUCCAGACUUCGGAGAGGCGAAGCCUGUGGUCGUGGACGAGGAGCUGGAGGUCAGCAUGCUCCAGGCAGUUCUGUCUCAGCAGAUUCAGCUGGACAACACCUCUUCUAGAUACAGCCGCUACGUGAGCAUCCGAAAUGGUUCAUGGCCAUACUCUGCAGACAAUACAAGCGAUUGGACUUCGGAUUGGUCCUCCAACGACUUGGGGCUCAGGGUCUUGUCCUUCAAUUUUACUCCGGACAUCAAUGCAUCAGCGCCGACGUCCAGCUGGCACAUGACAUGGAGGUACGUUCUUCAGGCUGGACGUGUGGUCAGCUCUGUGUGCCCUUCACGCUUUGGUUCCUCAUGCUCCUUUACCCCGGCACACGUUUUCAUCAAUGGCGUCCUGGUCGAAACGAUUCGAAUCUGGGCGGUGCCCGAGUCAUCGGUGGAACUCGACAGCUGGGUUGCCAGUGAGGACGUGGUCAGCAGCGACACCUGUAUUGAAUGCAAGAAUAUGACGGCAGCGAUCUCUCUGAAGAACGGGGCCAACGAGGUCAACAUAGUCCUCGAGGAAUCUGAAGAUGCAGAAGCUAGCUACAGCUUGAGCGUGCAGCAGCUGAACUUCUUGCCAACGUGCCAAGUGGCCAUGCAGGACACAUGGAGAUAUCGCUUCUGCAAGCCGUAUGACGCCACGCCAACUUGGGACAAGUCCAAGAUUAGGCAGACAUCGCUGUAUCUUUGGCAGCGGGAGAGACUGGAGGUGCUUACAUUUGCGGCACCUGUGCGAUUGAAGCACGACCGUGGCACAGUGGUUGAGACCGUGGUAAUGUCGCCGAAUACAACGGAUGCCAACCCUCUGGACUUCGGCGACCCCACAUUUUUCGACUUGGUAGAUUUCGGGAUUCAAAACAGAAGCGGCGCGGAGAACGACACAGGUUCCCGAAGGCUAGACAGUGGUGGAAUCGUUUCGCGGUCGCCAGCUCAAAACAGCGUGGAUCUAGAGGAGAAAGGGUCAACGGAAGAUCUGCGCAUCUUUAGCUCCUAUCACGCCCAGCGUCCAGGCAGUGCUGCCGAGACGCUUGGUCGUAUGGCUGCAGCAGACGAGGUCCCCCCAGAUGUGGUGGUUGCAGAAGUGAUGGACGGAAGCGGUGAAGUUCGCCUGGUUUUCACCGAAUGGGUCGUCAAGGCCAAGCAAUCCUCGAUGAUGGCUUCUUUACGAGUAAUGCCACAAGACAGGCUGCGGACCCAUGAUAUGAGGCUGAUGCAGGUAGAUCUGAUGAAGCGUGGCAAGGUUUUCGUGGAAGGCAGAAGGAAGUCUGCAAUCGUACAGAUCCGGGACCAGCUCUUGGAAGCUGGAUGUGUCGCAGAAAGUUUUACGGGAUGCCAGGCAGUGCUCGAUCUGCCUGAGGGUGCCUUCUUGGAUCGCAACAGGAAUCCCUCAAAGCCGCGCUCUGUAUUGAUUGACAACCUCUUGUUCAUCGACACCGCGAUGCUGGAGGAGCACUUUCGUCGACUCGCAGGUGAUGGCCAAGCUACAGGAACCCUACCUGGAUCUGGAACCGGUACCGAUACGGGUGCUGGCACGGGCACUGGCACUGGAACCGGGACGGGCGCUGGCACGGGCGAUGGCAACACUGGCGCUGGAACAGACUCCAGCAUAGCUACCACAACGACCACUUUCACGAUAACAUCAACAAUCACAACAAGCACCGCCACGAGCGGGUCUGGCAGCGGCACCUCGACAUCCAGUGGCACGGACAGCAGCGGCAGUGGAACGGGCACAGGCACGAACACAGGCGCCGGUACCAGUAGCGGCAGCACCUCCGGAACAGACAGUGGGACAGAUUCCAGCAGUGGUGGCAGCGGGACGGGCAGCAACACUGGAACGGGUACCGGUACGGAAAGUUCAGGCACAAAUACCGGAGAGGGCACCGGCAGCAGCAGCAGCACAAGCACAGGCAGCUCCGAAACAGAGAGCGGAAAAGAUUCCAGCGAUGGCAGCGGUACUGGUACGGGAAGUUCAGAUGCAGCGGACGAUACUGGCAGCGGGACGGGUGCGUCUGGCGGCGACAGCGGCACUGGUUCGAGCAGCUCCGACACUGGAUCGAACACUUCGAGUCCUGGCAGCUCCGGAACAGGCACAAGCACAGCAACUUUCGUUCUGGACAGCAGUUGGGCACAGUAUGAUGCGGAUCAAGACGAACAAAUCAGUGUGGAAGAGCUCCUUCUUGCCCUAGGUGGUUCUGGUGGUCCCGGCCCCGAUUCAGACGGUGGAAAGGGCCCUGGAGACCCUGAUCCUGGAGGUCCUGGGCAAGGCCCACCUCACAUGGACGAAGGAGGCCCUGGGGCGGGAAGAGGACCUCCUCCUAGUGGUGGCGACGACCAAGGUGGCUCCUCCGGCCCUGGCCCCUCUGGCCCUGGACCUUCUGGCCCUGAAGCAGGUCCUGAUGCAGGAGGUGGCAGUGGACCUGACUCGGGACCCGACUCGGGACCUGAAGAAGGCUGUGUGCAGUGCCAGGCGAGGAGGUUGGAGAUUCUGCCAGCUGGCACAGACGCAGUGGAACUUCUUCUCAGCCGACGUUUACAAGGUCAGGCCGUAGAGCUCCCGCGCCGUUUGCAAGGAGAGAAGUGUUGUCCCUCACAGCCCGGUGGACAGCCGACAGAUGACGUUUUGAAGGAAAUGAAGCAGCAGCAAAGCAAGAACCAGCCACUUGCCACUGGCAGCCAGGAGAACUUCUGUCAUUUCACGGAGCUCUUCGAUGUGGAAUUGGGCCAGUGUGUCAAAGGGCGAUGCAGAACGCCCUUCACAAGGCCUGAUGAGAAUCGUUUCUGCCAGAAGAUACCAGAGUCGGAGUUGAACAACAUAGACCAGGGCAAAGUGGUCUCUGACCAGCUGAAGCUGAAUGGGCUGCCGGCAAGAUUUGACGUGGAUUCCGUGCUCGCAGGCGGAAGCCAGAGAUCUGAAUUCGAAGAGGCUUUCAUCAGGGAUCUCGCGGGCCAGCUGGACAUUCCGGUCGCCAUGCUGGAGGUGACCGGUGUGGCUGAAGGCUCUGUCGUUGUCAGCUUCAGGAUACUUCCCGGCUCUCAAGAGGAAGAGGUGCCUGCGGAAGGUGGUGGGACCUCUGUGGAAACUGUAACAUUGGUGCCAAGCAUUGUCCAAAUGAGCCUUGCGACCGUACGGCAGACUCUGGACAGUGCAGCAUCUCUGGACAGCAUUCUCACCUACACUGACCCCGCUCAUGGCGUGGCACCACCGACAGCUCCACAAAGAGCACAGCAGUUCUCCGGGCAAGAGGCCUUGAUGCAGGCCUUUGACGGAGAAGCACUUGAAAAGGUACCGGCGAGGACUGUGGAAACUCCCGAGAUUUACAGCCUCGCGCCGGUUGGCAUAGGCGGCAGAACCAAGGUCAACGAGUACCUUCCGAGGAGCAGGGCAUCGGUCACGCAAGACGAAAAGUGGGAUGCACCGGACAAGGUAGACAUUGAUUUUGCUGUCUUCAUCACGCCUAUGCACAAGAAGGUCGACAAAGACAUCUUGUGUCCUUCCAGGGCGAUGGCGGAGGAUCCGGUCACGACAAUGUGGGCUCGAGAUGGCAACGAGCAUGGGUACGGCGGGAACUUCUUGUUCAACACCCCGGAGAUGAUGUCGUUCAAGCAAUGGCGAAUACCACCAGAUCGGCGCAUGAAAGUCCUGGAGUGUGAGACUUUCGACUGGCUUGAGGAGGUAAUGAAGGAGAAGGCAAUUCGCUCUGGCAAAAACUUCUCAGAGACGCAGAACCCUUACACGGCUGAAAAAAUGAAAGAUCUUGAUGCAACUUGCGGUAUGCCAGAUGAUGCCUGGAUCAACACAUCUUGCCAGGAUUUGCAGAGUCUGCGAGCGGACCACAAAGAUCAGUACCGUGUCUCUUGCAAUCAGGAGCUUUUCGCUUCCAGCACGAUGCGAAAAAAACUGUCGAUUCCCCUAAACGGGAAGUGGGUUUUCGCUGAAAGUCGGAGACCGGGAUCUUUGUAUAAGCCGGAAUGGAUGCUGGACACGCUGACGAGCUAUUACUUCACUUGGGACUCCACUGCCGAGGAAACCGAAAAGCUUUUCUCAAAGAACGCACCUGCCGGCGGAGAUGUCCAGCUCAUGGAGGACGACGCUCUAUGCACCGCACGUGGUCUGAAGACUCCGUGCCCCAUCGAGGUAUUAUACACCGGGAAGAUCCUUUACAAAGGGCAGCAUUCAGGAGACAACAAGAAGGUCCUGGAAAAGACUGGUGUCUCUCUCGCACACUUACCGGCAUCAAGUCCUACCGUGCAGCCUUUGCUCGAGAUCCACAUGGAUGUCGAGCGGACGGUCGAGCUAAUACGUAGAGGUAGACCACGGUGGUGGCCACUGGACGAGGACAUGACGCGAGAGAUUCUACAGUGCAACGCACGUUCUUAUUGGCGACUGCACCGCGAAGCUUGUCGGAAACAUGGAGUCGUCCAGCAGCCUGCGUUUCCUUUCGCGGUGGACUUGGAGGAGGCGAUGGCUGAUGUUACAGCUGCUCGAGACAAAAGUAUCACUUUGCAGCCGGGAUACGUCUACACUAUCGAUGUGGUGGUGGGAGUCAUUCCACUCUAUGUCAAGGACAUGUGGGGCAUGGUGAGAAUGUCGACCUUCUACGUCGAAGUGGAAUCUGCACGCGUCUACUCGCAGGUGCUGAGCUUCAAGGAGCGUAAUCAGGCGCAGGUGCGGCUCAAGUUCAGGCUAAGUGACAAGGCGAAGGCCUUGCUCAAACAACCCGUCUUGGGCUGGAUAGAUCUGGCAUCGCAAAGCGGUGCGUGGUUCGGAAUCUGGGGUCUGGCGUCGGUCAUCCUGUCUAGCUGCUACAGCUCUCUUCGGAUGUGGGGUGACCUUGGUCCGAAAGAUGGCGAGAUCACGCUAGAUGAAUAUCAGGCAAAGCACGAGAAGAAGCUUGAGCUCUUGAAACGGAAGGCUGCUCGAAGGAUCAAGGCUCAGCUUGAGCAGGCGUAUCAGCAGUACGGCAUCAACGUGAGCCUUCAGAAGGUUUCCGAGCUGCUGAUUGAGCCAUCUGAAUCCAAGAACUUGAGGAAGAAGGUCCUGCUCAAGGAGGUCUUGAAGGACAGCAACCCGCUGGCAGAAUUGCCGGCGCAUGUCGCGAACUUGCUGGGAGAGGUCCGUGUGCACCUCGACGACAUGGUUCGCUUGGACAGUAUGGCAGCGGAUGGCGAGGAUGACGAGCUGCAGCAACUAGAGGAGGAGGAGAAGAAGACACAGAUCCGAUGUGGCUCCUGCCUCUCAUACGCAUAG